AUGUCCGACGACGAGCAUUUCGGCUCGGCAGGCGCGGCGGCAGUGGACGACGAGCUGUCGCUGCCGAAAGCAACGGUGCAGAAACUCAUCUCGGAGCUGCUGCCCAAGGAGGUGACGUGCAGCAAGGAAACGCGCGACUUGCUCAUCGAGUGCUGCGUCGAGUUCAUCCACCUGCUCUCGUCCGAGGCCAACGAGGUGUGCGAAAAGGACUCGAAAAAGACCAUCGCACCGGAACACGUGCUCAAGGCCCUCGACGAUCUCGGCUUCCCAGCGUUCAUCGAAGAGGCGAAGAGCGUGCUCUCCGAACACAAGGCGGCCCAGAAGGAUCGAGAGCGCAAAACGACCAGGAUGGAACAGUCCGGGAUGAGCGAAGAGGAGCUGCAGCGUCAGCAGGAACUCCUGUUUGCCGCCAGCAAGGCUCGCUUCGAAGCGGCGAAUUGA